UCAACUAUUGGAGCUGCCGAGAAAAGUACCAAUCAAUGCUUCUCCAAUACCUGCUAUUCAUCAUCAAGGGCCAUCUUUCGGGCACCAGAAGUUUCUUGAGAAGGCUUGCUGGUUUUAUCCUCUUCCACCACUGUUGUGGUUAUUCUAGUGACCAAGGAGAGCCCUCCAGGAGAAGUCAAGGUAGUGCUUAGCUUCUUGUUCCACCACUUUUUUGGGUUUACUAAGAGAAUUAAUUAUAAGAGUUAUCAUGUAAACCUUAUUGCAAGUGGUUACUUGAUCAUAAAAGUAUUAUCUGUUAAAGUGAAGCGGCAACUGGAGACACAGGAAGUAAAACCUACCAAAUGAUCUCUUGAUGCUAUGUCUCGUUAGCAUAAGCAACCAUCUCCCUUGCCUUCUCACCUGCAGUACCAACCAUAACAAAAAGAAAGGAACAAUAAGCAAGCACCAGAUCGCAUCUAAAAGUACAGAUAGAGAUAAUCAAUAACAAUAUCUAAGUCAGCGAGAACAAUAAGGAUGGAUGCAAGUUGUGAUUUAGAGAAUUUUUAAGAAUGGAAGCAUAAUGUAUAUAUAAGUCAACUUACUGGGUCCAAGAUCUUGUUUCCAACAGGGAAGAAAAGAAGAGUGGGGCACCCAUCAGACUGCAAAGGGUCACAAAGAUGAGAGCAGAUUCAGUUUGUUAAAACAUUCAUAAUCAAAGACAUGCCUUUUUAUACCAAGAUUCAACACCUAACUUCCAUUUGGUUGCUGAGAAAACAAUGGCUAGAAAGAUUGUAGAGAAAAGAUUGGAACUUUCUAGCCUUACUAUAGCAAACACCUGUCCAUUGUUGUUCACCUAAAAGGGUUAGCUAUUUCUUUGAGAGUACCGGAGAACAGAGACUUACCAUGGGAAUGCAGGGAACUCCAUCUCCGUUUUCUCACUCCACAAUCCAAUCUCCAUCUAACCCAUUUUUGCAUCCCUCUUGAACUUUGAAAAGAAACGCACCAGAACAUAAUUAGUAUUCAAUAGUGGGAACUGUGACGGGGGAGAGAGAAAUGGACGAACAGGAGAGGAGUGGGGCUGAGCAGGUCGCUCUUCCAUUUAUCAAGAGGAGCAGGGGAGGGAGCGGAGUGGGUUGGUCAGUGGUAGAGUGGCGUUCCCGGUAGAGAGUUCAAAGGAACUCAGCAUGGUGAAAGGACGAAAGGACAAAUAGGUGACCCGUUCUUGCAUAUUUCCCGAUAAGACCGACUAGGGUUUGUGUACGAAGAGCAUGGUUGUUGAUUCGACGUAGGUGAACCGGCGACAACACUUUAAACGGCAACCACUCUGUUGUGGGGAGCUUCCUGCGUGAAGAAAUAAAAAUAUUUUUUUUACUAAGCGACGAAAAGUGAAACAGUAGCUAAAAAUUGGAGGCAAUAAAGUGUACCCAACUUUUAUAUUUUAAAGAAUUGUUUUUCUGUUAACUCUUAUUACAAGCGGUUGCAGGAAGAUACUUUCCCGUGUGAUCUAGACCUCCCUCACCUCUCAGUUUGGAAGCCGGUCAUUCCUCCUAAAAUUUGCUUCUUUGUUUGGCUAGUGUAUUACAAGAAAAUAUUAACUCAAGAUUGCUUGAAGACCCGUGGAUGGAUGUUGGCUAAUAGGUGUGAGCUUUGUUUUCACAAGGAAGAAUCGGCUAAUCACUUAUUCAUCGACUGCAAUUUUGUCCAUGAAGUGUGGAGCAGGGUUAGUUUUGUUGGUCGAGGUGUGUUAUAAUUAAGUGGAGACAUUGCGACAACUAUAAAGGAUUGGCCGAAUCACAGAGAUGGGUCCAUUGGUGAUUGGAUCCUUUCUUGUCUACUCCAUGCGGUGUGCUGGGACGUAUGGCUUGAAAGGAACCGACGCAUCUUCCGUCAUGAAAGUCGAUCGACUACAACAGUCUCCAAGCAAAUCGUUAAGUCAGCUCUGGAAUGGGUUGUUGCUAAUGGAAAAGUUGAGAAAGAUUAAGGAACACAGUGGCUUACGGACAGGAUUUGAUGGCUGGAGUUCGACUCCUUAAACUGUCUCUUUUUGCAGCUCUGUGCUUCUUUUUGCAAUUGCGAUUAGAUUCUGUUGGUGUUCCUUUGUUUGCCUUAUGCUUUUCGGGUGUCUUUUGUUUCGUUGUUUGUGGCCUCCUAUUCUUCACUCUUUCUUUCUUUCCUUUUUUUUCUUUAUUUCUAUUUGGCCGCCUGGGUUUUUUGGGCAGACCCUCACCUCUUGUGAGGUUUGUUUGUACGUCUGCUGGAACACUUUUUUUCAUUUCUCUAAAUUUAAUUUAAUUCUCGCCAUUAUCAAAAAAUAAGUAGGAGAUUGAGCCAGUAAUGGUAUUUUUUGCCCUAUUCAGAGUUGAUCAUAGUAAAAAAAAUUCUCUUACAAUCCAUUGCCCUCCUCAUUGUGGGAAUAACUAGGUUAUACUAUCAAAUACCAUGAUGCUCAAUUAGAAAAUGAGGGCAAAUCUUCGCACAUAUCUUUUACUCUUGGGGAAACCUUUCAUAGUUUGAGAUAACAUGGCAUCCAACGUUAAUCCCUCGAAAAAUUUUGUAGGACAUGAAGAGGUGGUUUGUUUCAUGAAUUUGAGACAUGGAUUUUGGUCCAAGUCUAUAAUCAUCAAAUGUAUAGAUGUGGGAUAUGGAACAUGGGUAUAAACCCGUGGGGCCAUUAUAAUAACUUACUUGUAUAUCCUCUUGACCUUGUUACUGUUAUGUAUACAAUAAAUAAAUAAUGAUAGUUGGGUAGUUUACAUACUAAAGCUAUAAAUCCAUAAUAACAAAUCGAUGAAUAAAAUCCAUUAAACAAAUAUAAAACUUUUCGAAUCUAUAAUCAACAAAUCCAUCUCAAAUUCAAGGUAUUCCAAAUUUAACUCAAAACUCUCAUGCCUUCAAAUCCAUAAAGCAAACGACCUUGAAAUCGUGCUACCUGAGAUAGAGUGGAUGCUUAGUAGAAAUUUAGUUGAAGGUAGAGUUGAAUGACCUGUAAUUUGAUGGCAGGUGUAAGGCAGUUUGAAGAGGGGAUCGUGUGUCUAGCACGUGCCUGGGUUUGAUGAAGACGACUCUGUAUUUAGCGAUUAAGAGGAGAGGGCAGCUAAGCUAACUAUGGCCUUAAUUGACUCAAACAAUUAUAAUCUCACAUACAAUCAAUUUUGGUAACUCCUAACAGAAAUCCCAAUCCAUCAUUUAGUAGCUACCCUAUUAAAUUAUUGAUUACAACUACGUGUUCUCCCUGAAAGAGCGAGAUGGUAAGACUUCAAGCAUGUACUGUUCUUAUUUCUUAAUAGCUGAACCACUGAUACGAACUCAAAAUGUGUUGAGCUACCCUAAUAAAAUGGAAACCAUUAAAUUAGUAGAGCUACCUUAACCUGGAUAUCCUAGUCACUUGUACACCCCAAACCCACGAAUCAUCAUCCCAACCCCAAAAUAAGAAGAACAAAAAGCAAUGCUACAAUGCUUGAACGAACCUGAUUGUUAACAGCCUUCGCCAUGGACUCGAACUCCUUCCUCGUGGCCGACUUGUACUUCAAAUUGGCAGGCUUAUUCUGCUUCUUGGUCUUCGUGGUGGUCAGCACAACUGUUGGAAAUGUAUAUGAAUAGCUUUGAAAGCUAUAGAGUCUCAAGUGGAAAAACUACCACAUUGGUAGUUUUACUUGGUGAAAUGGGUAUAAAGAUAGGAGCCUCUCUCCUAAGGGCAUGCCCCUUGGGGUGACCCACUUUUGUGGGAGAGAGAGGACCUAACGGACCACCACACACACACGCGCGCGCCGUCCGUACUAUCGAUCGGUUGGUCAGUUCACUUGAGACUACAUAUAUAUUUUUGAAGAAAUUCCGAACGAAAUUAAUUAUUUAAUAAUUAAUUAUUAAUCGGUUAUUCUGAGGAGUAUUCUAAGGAUAAUCGACUAAAACGGAAUAUUUGAAGAUCCCACCGGAUUUAUCUUAACCGACGGUUUUAAUUAAGGAAGUAAUUAUCU